AUGGACCCCACCAACGACCUCGCCGCCGGGACUCCUGCCGCCAAGACUGGGUUGUCGAUCCAGCCGGCGACCGACGCGAACACAAGCACACUUGGGGCCAAGUUCGCCCAGAAAGCGGGGACACCUUCCAACCAAGACGACAACGAGGCGUCGGACGAAGCGAGGAAGAGCGCGCUGGAGAAGCAGUUCAUCGCGUCCCAGGCUAUCACUGUUGGUCUGGGUGUCUAUAUUGCGCCGCGAGCAACCACAUCGCCGCUGACACAACGCGCACAAAACCAUGGCCCGGCCACCCGCAACGCGCUCCCGCCUAGCACUCCAGCGACGCUCAUGUAUGUGCGCGAGAAGACCGACAAGACCAUCAACGACACGAGCAAGGCUGGCAUCGUCACCACAGGCACAGCGACCGCCUCGGAGUCCCCUGAUUCGACCGGGGUCAAGCUGUCGCGGAAGAUGGAACUGCUGCUCGGAAUGAGCAAGAGCCGAAAACAGGCGUAG